AUGGACCUAUAUUUAGCUAGCAAGAUUAAGUUGCAGAGGCCUCAGGCAGGGCAAAGCACAUUGGUCUGCCUUUUUUACAGACAGACCUUUGGGCAGAGAACAACUAAAGCUUUCUGCUCCCUCCCCUUUCCCAAGUGUUUGCAAAAUGGAUUCCCAAAGGGAACUCACUGAAGAGCUCAGACUUUACCAAUCCACCCUUCUUCAGGAUGGCCUCAAGGAACUCCUCGAAGAGAAAAAGUUUAUAGAUUGCUCUCUAAAAGCUGGUGACAGAAGCCUGCCUUGCCACAGACUGAUUCUGUCGGCAUGUAGCCCUUAUUUUCGUGAGUAUUUCUUGUCUGAGCAAAAUGAAGAGAAAAAGAAGGAGGUAGUUCUAGAUAAUGUUGACCCCAACAUCCUGGAUAUGAUUGUUAAAUACCUUUAUUCAGCAAGUAUUGAUCUUAAUGAUUCUAACGUGCAAGAUAUCUUUGCUUUGGCCAGUCGCUUUCAGAUCCCUUCUGUGUUCACUGUGUGUGUCUCCUAUCUUCAGAAGAGGCUUGCUGUUGGUAACUGCCUGGCCAUCCUUCGGUUAGGUGUUCUGCUUGAUUGCCCAAGACUUGCAUUUUCUGCUCGUGAUUUUGUCUCAGAUCAUUUUGUGCAGAUCUGCAAAGAAGAGGACUUCAUGCAGCUUGCCCCACAUGAACUUAUUUCAGUUAUUUCACCUGACAGCUUAAACGUAGAGAAGGAAGAACUGGUAUUUGAAGCAGUAAUGAGAUGGGUCCAAACAGACAAGGAGAACAGAGUAAAGAGCCUGGGGGAAAUUUUUGACUGCAUACGUUUUCGUCUUAUGCCAGAAAAAUAUUUCAAAGAACAUGUUGAGAAGGAUGAUAUAAUUAAAAGCAACUCAGACCUUCAGAAAAAAGUAAAGAUUAUUAAGGAUGCUUUUGCUGGAAAACUGCCUGACACUAGCAAAAAUACAGAAAAGUCAACCAAAGGGGAGGUGAAUGGCGAUGUAGGAGAUGAAGAUCUGCUGCCUGGCUACCUAAAUGACCUUCCCAGGCAUGGCAUGUUUGUCAAAGACUUAAUUCUUCUGGUUAAUGACACUGCUGCAGUAGCUUAUGAUCCUCUAGAAAAUGAAUGCUAUCUAGCAGCGCUGGCAGAACAGAUUCCCAGAAAUCAUUCCAGUAUAGUCACCACACAAAAUCAGGUCUACAUUGUUGGAGGACUCUAUGUAGAAGAGGAGAAUAAGGAUCAGCCUUUCCAGUCAUACUUCUUCCAGCUGGAUAGCAUUGCUGGUGAAUGGGUUGCACUUCCCCCACUGCCGUCAGCCAGGUGUCUCUUCGGGCUGGGAGAGUCAGACAACAAGAUCUAUGUAAUUGCAGGCAAGGACCUUCGCACUGAGGAGUCUCUAGAUUCAGUAUUGUGCUAUGAUCCUGUAGCAAUGAAAUGGGGUGAGAUCAAAAAACUACCCAUCAAAGUAUAUGGCCAUGCUACUGUCUCAAACAAUGGAUUGAUAUAUUGCCUUGGUGGAAAAACUGAUGAUAAGAAAUGCACUAAUAGACUAUUUGUAUACAAUCCCAAGAAAGGAGACUGGAGAGACUUGGCUCCAAUGAAAGUGGCUCGCUCGAUGUUCGGAACAGCUGUCCAUAAGGGCAAGAUUUUCAUUGCAGGUGGUGUCACUGAAGAAGGCCUUACUGCAUCUGUUGAAGCUUUUGAUCUGACCACCAACAAGUGGGAGGUUAUGCCUGAAUUUCCUCAAGAGAGAAGUUCCAUCAGUUUAGUCACCUUAAGUGGAGCUUUGUAUGCUAUUGGAGGCUUUGCAAUGAUUCAGCUUGAGUCUAAAGAAUUUGCACCCAGUGAAGUCACUGACAUAUGGAAGUAUGAUGAUGAAAAGAAAGAAUGGAUUGGCAUACUGAAAGAGAUCCGAUAUGCUGCUGGAGCCUCCUGCCUGGCUACGCGCUUAAACCUCUUCAAGUUAUCAAAACUGUAAAGAAAAUGCUGGAAAA